AUGUACUUAUUAGGUGCAGUAGGCCUAGCAGGAGUUACUAUAGCUGCUACAAUUUAUGCAAAAUCUGGUCCAAAGGUUGGCCAAACACUUCCUGGAAAGCUUGGGUGGGUGGAUUUAAAAUUAAGACAAGCCAACAAAGUAUCUCACAAUACCAAACAUUACAUAUUUGAUUUGAAGAACGAGGAUGAUAUUGCUGGGUUUGAAGCGUGUUCUUUUGUUGUUGCGUAUUUGAAAACUUCUCAAGGAUCAUUUAUAAGGCCAUAUACUCCUAUUUCUCACCCUGAUCAGAAGGGAACCAUCGAAUUUCUCAUUAAAUCUUACGAGAAAGGCAAGUUUUCCAAAAAUAUAUGGAAUUUAGAAGAAGGUGAUGUAGUGUCUUUCAAGGGACCGAUUGAAGCUUACAGAUGGAAAGCAAAUCAAAAGAGGCACGUCUCUUUAAUCGGUGGUGGUGCCGGUAUAACUCCUUUGUACCAAUUACUAAGAACUAUAACCAAGAAUCCAGCAGACCAUACCUCGGUAGAUUUAUUCUAUAGUUGCAGUACACCUGAAGAAAUUUUGUUAAAGAAGGAAAUUGACACCAUUGCCCAAGAACAUAGCGAUCAAGUAAAAGUUCACUAUUUUGUCACCCAUGCCCCUGAAAACUGGGACGGACAGAAAGGGUAUAUCAAUAAAGAUUACUUAAAAUCGAACUUGCAACCUGCUUCAGAUGAUUCCAAGAUUUUUGUAUGUGGUCCCCCUGAGUUUUUCAAGACGAUUUGUGGUAACAAGCCAAACCCAAUUAUGCAAGGACCCUUUUCAGGAAUCCUAUCUGAAUUGGGGUAUGAUAGAAAACAUGUCUUUAAAUUUUAA